AUGCUGAGUUAUUUAAUGUAUCAAAGCUACAGUUCUUUUACUUUGAAUAGUAUGAAUCAAAAAAAAGAUAAUAAUUUUUAUAAUAGAUGCGAUAAAAUGAGUCCAUAUAUUGUUUAUGAUAUGAAUGGAAAUGUUUUAAAAAAUGAAAUAUAUGAUAUUACAACUAAUAUAUAUAAAAAUGGAAGAACAAGCAGAAGUAAAAUGGAUAAAAUGAAAAAAAUACCUAAAAUAAUGAAUUAUAAAAAGUAUAGUUUAAAAAAAAUAAAUCCUAUUAACAGAAAAAAAAUAUUUUUUAAAGUUAUAAAAAAGAAUAAUAAUAUAUUUAAUAAAAUAUAUUUAACGAAUAUUUUUCAUAGGAAUAUUUCAAAAAAAAAAAAAAAAAAAAAAAAUUCAAAGAGAAAUUCUAAUAGAAUAAUUCAAAGUAACAGGAAUAAGAGUUUAUUUAAUGAAGAAAAAGAUCAUUAUGCUAUUAAAAAUCGUCACUUACAAGGCGGAAUAAACGAAGAUGUUAAUAAAAGAAUUGAAAAACAAAAUAAUUUAAAAAAUUGUACAUUUUUAAUGUUUAAUAAAAAUUAUGUAAGAGGGAACAAUAUAUGCAUAAAUGAAAAAGAAAAUAUUAUUAAUGAAAAAAUAACUGUUAACAAAGAAGAAAAUGUAAUAAAUGAAUACAGUUUAAAUAAAAAAAAUAAUAAAGGAAUAGAACAUAUUAUAAAUUAUAUAUGUAGAAAUAUUAAUUAUCAAGAAAAUCAUGAUAUAAAGAGUUUAAUUAAUGUAAAUGAACUUGAAAAUCUAAAUAUAUACUUAAUUAACAUGAAACAUUAUGAUAAACUUAUAAGAAAACAUUUAUAUGGUUAUAAUAAUAAUAAUAAUAAUAAUAGUGAUAAUAAUAAUAAUAAUAAUCAAAACAACAAUAAUGAAGAUAAUAGAAGUAAUAAUAAUAAUAAUGACGAUGAAAAUGACAAUGAUAGUGAUAAUGACAACUAUAUUGAAAAUGAAAAUAAUAGUAAUGACGAUAGUAAUUAUAUUUUAAAUAAUUACAACAAUAAAAUUAAUGAUAAUGAUGUUAAUAAUAACAAUAAUGAUAAUAAUUAUAUUAUAAACAAUUAUAAUAGUAAUAAUAAUAAUAAUGAUAAUAAUAAUAAUAAUGAUAACAAUAAUAAUAAUAAUAAAAAUGAUAAUAAUUAUAUUAUAAAUAAUUAUAACAAUAAUAAUAAUAUUAAUAAUAAUAAUGUUAAUAAUAAUAGUAGUAAUAAUAACGAUAACAGUUAUAAUAGUGUCAGAAAUAACGAUAAUAAUAAUAGUGAUGAUGAUGAAGAUAAUAACAGUGAUAAAAAUAAUAUAAGUAAAAAUAACAAAAAUAAACAUAGUAAAAAAUAUAUUAAAAAAAUUAUAAAAAGCAUUGACUAUAGAUCAAAUGACAGUUUAUAUACAAGUGUGAACAGUGAAAUAUCAAAGUAUAAUUACAAUGAUAUGAAUGUUUCUAAUUGUUAUUCUAGCUCUAGUGACAACGACUCAUUAAUAUUUAAUUUAUUUGAUGAUGAAUUAAGUUGUUUUUAUACAAACAAUUUAAAUGAUUUUAAUUUUACAUAUAGUGAUAAUGAAGAAAAAGAAGAAAACAACAAAAUGGAAAAAGAAGAAAAUAAUAAUGAAGAUUACGAUAAUGAUUACAUAAGAAAAAAUAGUAAAAGAAAUGAAAUAGACGAUUAUCUUAAUUGUUCUUCUAGUUAUGAUUCUUUCUCUGAUAAUCCUAAUUUGAAUAAUAUGAAGAAGAAAUGGACAUAUGAUAAAAAAAUUGACAUAUCAGAAAAAAGAAAUGACAAUAUAUUUGUAUACAAAGAAGAAAAUGCUUUAUUAUUAAAAAAAUCCAAUAAAAACAAAAAAUGUAAUUAUAACGAUAUAAUAUAUCAUAUAAACACAAUAAAGAAUGUAAGUAAAAAAAUAAAAGUAGUAAUUAUUGGUGCUGGUUUAUCAGGCUUAUCUGCAGCAUAUAUCUUAAAAAAUCAUGAUGUUGAUGUCACUGUUUAUGAGGCUAGAAAUAGAGUAGGAGGGAAGUUUUUUUAUUCUAGUAAUUACAGAAAAACGUAUCUAGGUGAAGUAAAUUUAUUUGUAAAUAGAAAGAAUCCUUUGAUUAAUUUUUGUUUAAGAAAAAACAUAUAUAGUAAUAUAAAUCGUCAUUUGUAUAAGCAUUAUAUAUAUUAUAAUAAUAAAAAAAUUUAUAAAUAUGAAAUGAGAAAUGAAUUUUUUAAGAUAAUUAGAAAAAUAAGAAACUAUUACGAAAACACAUUUAAUUCAAAAAACUUUAGCAGCAUAAAAAAUAAGAAAAAAUUUUUAUAUACUUCUUUUGGUGAAGUAAUGAAUAUUGAAAUGGAAAAAAUGAAAAAAGAGAAAAACCCCAGAUACAUAUAUGUAAAAUUAUAUAUAUCCUAUAUUGAAUCUUAUUAUGGAAUAAAUAUUUAUUCAUUAUCUAUUCAAUACGUUUUUUACAAUUUAAAAUUUUUAGAUAUUUUUAAAAAUAUAUGUUGUACAUUUGAAUUAAGUAGAAUUAUUAAAAAACUAAAACAAAAUAUAAAGGUAGAAAAAAAUAAAAUUGUUAAUAAAAUUUAUUCAUAUAAUGAUAAUAUAAAACUUAGCUUUAAAAAUCACAUUGAUAACAAAUUGUAUGACUAUUGUAUUAUUACUGUUCCACUUGGAGUCUUAAAAGAUAGUAUGAAAUAUUUUAAUAACAAAAGAAAAAAAAAAAAAAAGAAGAAUGAAGUUAUUAUAGGUGGAAAAAACAAGAAAUUCGUCCAAAAUGAAAACGGUAAUAUACUAAUUAUAAGAAAUAAUAAUAGCAAAAGUUUAUCAGAUAAUAUGAAUGAUUUUUGCAAUGUAAGCGAUUAUAUAAUAAAUAAUAUUGAUAUAACUACGAAUGAAAAUAAUAGUAAUAGUAAUAUAAAAUGUAAUUAUAACAAUAAGAAUAAUCAUAAAACAUAUAUUGAUGGAAACAAUAUUCAUAAAAAUAAUAUAAAGUUGAGUAAUGAUAAAAAUAAUGAAUUUAAUGAAAAUGAUAUUAUAUAUAGAAAUAACCAUGAUGAUAUUGAUAACAAUAAUAACAAAAUAAAUUGUGAUGAUAAUAAUACAUAUUUAUAUAACAAAAUAGAAACAUCUAAAUAUAAUGAAGAACAUACUGAAAAAUCAAAUAAUGUAAUUUAUUAUGAUCAAAAAGAGGAAAAAAAAAAUAUAUAUACAUUGGCAAAUAAAAAAAUAGAUAAUAAUAAUUUGAUAGAUAUGAAUAAUUCAAAUAUAUUAAGUAAUAGUGAUAAUGAAGGAGAAGAAAAAAAAAAAUAUAUAAAAUUAUCAAGAAAUAAAAAAGAUUCAUCAGACUCGAAUACAGGAUUAAUUGAAUUUAUUCCUAAAUUACCUGAUUGGAAGAUUAAUAGUAUAAAGAGAUUAGGAGUUGCAAAAAAUAAUAAGAUUAUAAUUGCAUUAAAAGAAAAAGUUUUUAAUAAUGAUCAAAAUAUUGUUUUAUUUUUUAAUAAUCCCAGUGAAGAAAAAAAAAAGAAAAAAAAUAUUUCUUUUUAUGAAUAUGAUUCUUUUAACGAUAUUCUAAAUUCAGUAAACAAAAGUAUUAAUGGUGAAGAAGCUGGAAAAAAUAAAAAUACUCCCCUUGAUUAUUCAAACGUAGAUAGUUUCAAUAAAAAAAUAGCAAAUCAUGAUUCCAUUAAUAAAACAAAAGUAACAGAAAUAAAUAAUAUGACAGAUGACCAUCAAUAUGAUAAUUUAGAAGAUUCAUUUAAAAAUACGCCUAUGUAUUUUGAUAGAGAUGCAGAUGAAACAAAUAACGCUUCAUUCAAAGAUUUCGAUAGCAAAUGUUAUAAUAUAAAAAACACAAAUGAUAUUGUCAAUGAUAAUAAAGUUGAUGAUAAUAGCAGCAUUGAUUUUUUCCGAAAACAAUUAGAAGACGUGAAUGAUUUAAAGAAAUUGAAAUCAUAUAAUGAUAUUAUGGAAGGAAAUGGAAUAAAAGAGAAAUGGAAAAGAAAAAAAAAAAAAAAUAGUAUAUAUGACAACAUGUUAUUUAAUAAAGAAAGCAAUUUAAUUAAAUGUUUAAAAAAAGAACAUUUAAUAGAUGGUAAAAAGAAAUAUAUUUCACAUAAUUGCGAAACAGCAACAGAUAAGUAUAGUCAUAUUAUUUUCUAUAGUUCACACCCCAUUAUUGCUUUAUUUUUAAAAAAAAAAUAUAGUAAACAAGUUGGUAGAAUAAAAAAAAAGAAAGUUAUAGAUGAUUGUGCUCAUUUUUUAAGAAACAAUUUGCCACAAAUAAAAAUAGAAAAAAUAUAUUUUUAUGAUUGGGUUAAUAACAAUUUUUCUAGAGGAGUAAAUUCUUUUUUAAAAAAAAAAAGCUUAUUAAUUGAUAAAGAUAUUUUGUCAUUUCCAGUAAAUAGAUUAUUAUUCGCUGGUGAGCACACUCAUCAAAAUGAUUGCAACCCUUUAGUUGGUUCGUACUUAAGCGGGAAAAGAGAGGCUUAUAGGAUAAUUGAAAAGACGAAUAAAGUAAUUUAUAUGAAUAAAUUAACGAAGUGUUUUUAUAAUAGAGAUAUAAAAAAUUAUAAAGAAAUUGUCAUAAAAAAUAUUGAUACAAAAUUUUUUAUAUAUAUUUACGAUGAUGAAAUUAUUGGAUUAAAUAAAAAUGAAUACGAAACUUGGUUUGAUAAUAUUAGAUGCAUUUUCUGUAAUCAAACACAAACAAUAAAUAAAUAUUUCAUUGGUAUUAUAAGAUUGAAGCAUAGAAAUGGUAAAUAUUUAAAGUACACAUGCCAUAAAGAUUGUUUAUAUUUUAAUAAUUAUACAUUUAAUCACAUAUAUGGUAAUAGAUAUUUUAAUCUAACUAUUUUAUUUAAUCAUUUAUAUCAUAGAAAAUGUUCAGUCUGUUUACUUAAUUUUCCAUCUUUAAAAUGUAGUGUUAAUAAUUGUGACAAUUUUAUUCAUUUAAGUUGUGCUUAUAAUUACCUAUCUUGGCCUAACUUUUAUAAAACUAGUAGACAUGAAAUAUUAUAUUGCUACAAGCAUCAAUAUAUGCAUGGUACUUAUCAUAAUUAUUAUGAAGAGAAGAAGAACAAAAAAAAAAAGAAAAAAAAAAGAAAAAAUGAAUUAAUGGAUAUAUAUAAAUUUAAUAAAAAAGCAUGCAAUGCCUUAGAAAAUAAUAUACAGAGUAAAGAAAAAAAUACAUACAAUAACAAUUACAAUUAUCAAAAUAUUCAUAAUUGUUAUUACAAUAAUAAUUAUAAAAACAUACCUAUUGAUAAUUUCAGUGAUAAUGUUCAUGUUAAUAUUAGCAAACUUUUAAAAUAUUAUCAAAAUAAAAAAAAUAAAUAUUCAUAUGUAGAUUUAUCAACUAUAUUAAAAAAUGUAAAUUAUAUAAAUGAUAAUUUGUUCAAGUAUAUGAUAAAAAAAUACAAAAAGAUGCUACCUACUCAUGAUCAUAAUUUAUUAAAUGAUUUUAUUUGUGAUAGUUUCAAUGGGGAAAUAGAUAAAAGUUUACUAGGAUUAAAUUAUUUAAAUAACGAAUUUUAUCCAUUUGAUAAAGAAAAGAAUACAGACAGCAAUAGUAAUGAUAAUGAUAAUGUUCUCACAUGCAAUUAUAAUUCUGAAAAUAUAUCAUCUAUAGGCAUUACAAAAUUGCAUAAAUCAUUCAAUAAGGAAGACAUGAUGAUUUUAAAAAAUGUUUAUGAAAAUAAUAGAGAAAUACCAGAAAAUGUAAAAAACAAUUAUGUCAAUGAAGUUGAUAAUGUUAAUUAUAAUUUAAAAGAUAAUCAGCUAUUAAAUAAGUCAAAUAAUCUUUUGAAAACUAAUUUUAAAAGUAAAAAUGAGAAAACAGAAGUAGAUAAUGAAAAAGAAAGGUGCGAGGAAAAUUAUAAUGAUGAAUUUGAAGAAGGCUUUAUUAAUAAUAACAAUAAUUUUUUAAAUGUGAAAGAAGAAAAUAAGUGCAUUUGUUCAAAUAAUUCAGCUAAUAAAUAUGAUAAUAAAAAUUGUUCUGAUUGUACUCAUAACAAUACAGUUUAUCGUUUAAUUACCAAUUAUUAUAAAGAAAUAAAUAAAGCGAAAUAUCAUUUAAUGAAUAAUGAAUUUUAUCCUCAUUAUUUAAAUAAAAAUCUAAAAUUAGCAAACAGUUUAAAUAACAAUUAUAUAAAAAAUAAAUGUGUAGAAGAAAACGUUUUGUCUGAUAUUAAUUCAUUAAGUAGAGAACAUCUAAGUAACAUAAGUAAAAUAAAGGAAAAGUGCACUCAUGAAGGUAUGUAUCAUUUAAAUCAUAAUUUGUUUAAUGUUGUAAAUGGUGAUACAAGCAAAAAUGCUAAUUUAACUUGUAAUCAUUUUCAGAAUCCAUUAGAAUCAAAAGAAGAAAACAAUGUAUUCCAUUCAAAAAAUAUUUUCAAAAGUAAUAAUAAUAAUGAUAAUGAUAACAAUAAUAAUAACGAUAAUGAUAAUAAUAAUAAUAAUAAUAAUAAUAAUAAUAAUAAUAAUAAUAAUAAUAAUAAUAAUAAUAAUAAUAGCAAUUUUACUUCUGCUAUCAAUAAUAAUAAUGGUAGUAGUACUAAUAAUAAUUACGUAUUUCAUGAAGAAAAUGUAAAAUCUCUUGCGCAUCUAUUUGAUAUGAAAAAGAAUAAAGAAGUAGAUUACAACAAAUUAGAAUUGUUAUAUAAAUUAUAUUUAGGACACACUAAAUUAGGUAACAUAAAUGAAAAUAAAAAUAUAAGCGCUCGAAAAGAAAAUAAUGAAAAAUUAUUUCAAAAUAAAUUAUUAGAAAAUUAUUAUCAAAUUCUUAACGGAAAUCUUCAAACACAAAGAAUGAAUAAAAAGUGUAUACAUGCAGAUGAUCAUUUGAACGAUGAUAAAAAAAUAACAAAUGAUAAAAAAAAUAAAAGUGAAAAUUUGAAUAUUUUUAAAUUACAAGAAAAAGAUAAAGGGGAAACUAAUUUUUUAAAAAAUUUAGUAAAUGAUAUAAAUGAUAAAAAUAAUUCUUAUAUAUACUCAAUGGAUAAUCAAAAAAUGGAAUGCAACAAAUAUACUAAUAGCCCUAUUUAUGAAAAUUUAUUUAACACAAAAAAAAAUGAUGCUAUGAAAGAAGCAUCAAAUUUAAAAAAAAAAGACAUUUUUUUAAAAAUAAAUGAUAACAUUAGUACUAAUAAUAAAGAAAUGAAUGAUAUAAAGUAUUUAGUAGAAAAUCAAACAAAAAAUAUGGAUACUAAAAGAAAUUACAAUUACAGUGAAAAUAAUAAAAUUGAAAUAAAAGAAGAAACUGAUAUGGUAGUGCACAAAGAAAAAAAGGAACAAAAAUUACCUAGACAAGAAGAAAUAAAAGACCAAUGGGAUAAUAAAAAACACAUAGAAAAAGAAAGGAAAAAAAAAAAGGGAAAUGAAGGAGAAAUAAAGGAAGAAAUAAUAUAUAACCUUUUAAAAGAAGCAGAAACUGACACACUUUUCAAAGAUUUAAGUAGCAAACAAAAAGACCAAAUUUUGUCUACUUUAUUAAGUAUUAAAAAUAAAAACAAUAGUGAGGAGAAUUUCAGCAUAGAUAAAUACUUAAAUAUUUUAAUGAAAGAAACCAAAAAUAAUAAUUAUGGAAAAAAAAAAGCGAAUAAAAGAUCUGCUUAUUCAUCUCACUUGAAUAAUGAAAUUACGAAUAAUGCCGAUGCUUUAAAUUUAAACAAUUUUGAUUCAAAGUAUAAUUUAAGAAAAAAACAUAAAAAUAUAAAUCGUAUAAACGAACAAGAAAAAGCAGUAACAGAAAAAAUUCAAUUAAAAUACGAAAAAAAACUAAAUCGUAAUAAUAAUAUUAAACGAAAUGAAAAUUUGUUAAGUGACUCAAAUACUAUAAAUAAUAAUUAUAAUAGCAAUAAAAUAAAGAAUCAAUAUUCAUCUGAUUCUUUUAACGAAAUAAGAGUUGAAGAUGAAGAAAAUAAAAAAGGGAAUGAUUCAAAAAAAGAGGCUAACAUGAAACUACCUAAUUUUAUUACUAAUGAAAAAAAAAGUGAUACACUCCCAAUAUAUUUACCUUCUUAUUCUGAUAAAGGUAGUUGUCAUUUAGAAAAUAUUUAUUUUAGUAAAGAAAAAAAUGAAAAAUUGAGUAAUGAAAUACUUAAUAAUUUUAAAAUUCAUAAAGGUUAUAAAGACUUAGAAAAAAAUAUAAUUUUAAAUGAGAAAUUUGAUGAUUUUCAAAAAAACGAAGAGUUAAAUAGAUACUUUAAAAAUUAUGAUAAUGCUGCAAUAAGCAAUAAUAAUAAAAUCAUAUCCAAUUAUAUGAAUUAUUCUUUAGAAGUAGAUACAAAGAAAAAAGUCCAAAAGGAAUUUUUCGAAAAUCCUAAUGAUACAAAUUAUUCUAAUCAAAUAAAUUUAAAUCGAACGAAUACUUUUGAUAAUUUUGAAAAAAUCCUAGAAUCGUUACACGUAAACAAACAUAUUUUGCCAAAAAAGAACUUUAAAGGUUUUAAGAACGAAAAAGAAUAUAACACAAUUAAUGAAAACAAGAAUUUAAAAGAAGCAUUAAUUAAUUUGUAUGAUAAAUUAUCCAGUAAUGAUACUACGAAAGAUAUAAGAAUGAAAGAUAAUAACAAUGAAAAAAAAGAAAAUAACCAUGAAGUCUUAAAAAAUUUUCUUUAUAGUGACAACAAAACACAAAGUAAUAAUAGCAUUAAUAAUAAUAAUAUUAUUAAUCAUAAUAAGAGUAAGAUUAAUAAUAAAGAUAAUAUCAAUAAUAGUAAUAAUGAUAAUAGAAAUUAUAAUGGAAUUAAUAAUAAUAAUAAAAAAAAAAAAAAUAAUAAUAAUAAUAACAUUAAUAGUGAUAAUAAUAACAGCGAAAAUAAUAAAAUAAAUAAUAAUAUUAAUAAUUACAGUAAUGAUAAUAUUAAUAAUGAUAAUAAUAGUAAUAAAAAGCAGUUAGCAAAUGAAGAUAACUUAAGUCAAUAUAAUAAUUAUAAACUAAACUCAGCAGAUGAAAUAAAAAAUAAAUAUGAAUCUGAUUUAAGUAGUAGUUUAAUAGGUAAACAGGCCACUUAUAGCAUAAUUAAAUAUAAUUUAACAAAAAAUAAUUUAAUAAAUAAUGUUUUAAGUGAUAUGAAAUCUAAUUUAUCCCAAAAUAAUUUAAUUAAAAACAUGAAUAAUUGUAAUUAUUCUAACACAGUUGAUGAAAUUAAAAAUAAUUUAUCAUUAGAUCAAAAAAAAAAGAAAUAA